UACUCAGAACCCACUGCCGCAGAACCACCGCUGUACACGCCUGACGAUUCGUCACGGGAGCCUCCCGCACCGGAACGUGAUGCGCCUCGUCCUCCGGAACCAAAACCAGAGGCUUCGUCAUAUGCCGGCUCGUAUCGACCUUCUGAUGCUGCGCGACUCUCAGCCACGUCAGUCUAGCAACACCAUCUAGGACCAACCUUCUCUGUUAACACCAUGCGCAGAACAACGGUAGAAUCACACCAUGACCUGAGCCAUGUCGACGAGCAGCAUGCGACCCCCACUGAUGCCCCUCCUCCAGCCUACAGCGAGACCCCCGGUACACUCCAGAGUGACAAUGCUGAGCUCGAUACGAACGCGACUGUUGCCGACGACGGUCGAGUGAACAUUCGGAUCAACCAGAAGAGCCGUGCCCUGUCGCAGCUGAUCGUGCCGCAGAUCCAACGACAGCUUGUACAAGUUCGAGAAGACCCAGAGCCACCUCCACCCUACAUCCCAGAAUUUCUUGGUGGUGCUCCAGGACAGAGCCCGCCCCCACCUCUCAACAUCGUCAUUCAAGUCGUAGGUUCCAGAGGCGACGUGCAGCCCUUUGUCGCGCUGGGCAAGGUGCUGAAAGACACAUAUGGACACCGCGUACGACUAGCUACACAUCCAGUGUUUAAGGACUUUGUGAUUGAGAACGGCCUGGAGUUCUUCAGUAUUGGUGGUGAUCCUGCUGAGCUUAUGGCUUUCAUGGUCAAAAACCCGGGCCUGAUGCCUGGUAUGGAUACCCUUUGGAGCGGCGAUGUUGGAAAGAGGAGGAAAGGCAUUGCAGAGAUUCUACGCGGGACCUGGAGAUCAUGCGUAGAGACUGGAAACGGACUCGGCAUUGAUCCACUAAAGCAGACUGUAGAGGAAUGGAUGGGCAUUGAAGAGCAGCUCCCUGAGCAGCUGAAGAAGCCGUUUGUAGCUGACGCUAUCAUUGCGAACCCACCGGCUUUCGGACAUGUGCAUUGUGCAGAGAAGCUGGGCAUACCAUUGCAUAUGAUGUUUACCAUGCCUUGGUCGCCCACACAGCAGUUCCCCCAUCCUCUUGCGAACAUUCAAUCUUCAAACGCCGAUCCGACAAUCACAAACUACAUGUCCUACAUUAUGGUUGACUUGCUGACCUGGCAAGGGCUGGGAGAUAUAAUCAACAGGUUUCGUAAGGAGAGUCUGUCCCUAGACCCCAUCAGCAUGAUCUGGGCACCAGCUAUGCUGGCGCGGAUGAAGGUUCCAUUCACUUACUGCUGGUCCCCUGCAUUGAUUCCAAAACCAGCCGAUUGGUCCCACCAUAUCUCAAUCGCAGGAUUCUACUUCCUUGAUCUGGCGCAGAACUACACUCCCGAGCCAGCCCUCGCUGCUUUCCUCAAUGCAGGCGAGCCGCCAGUGUAUAUUGGUUUUGGCUCAAUUGUCGUUGACGAUCCAAAUUCCAUGACCAAGAUGAUCAUGGACGCAGUUAAGAUCACCGGGCGACGAGCCUUGGUGUCAAAAGGCUGGGGUGGCCUUGGUGCAGAUGAACUAGGCAUUCCCGAAGGAGUUUUCAUGCUUGGGAACUGCCCCCAUGAUUGGCUUUUCAAGCGCGUGUCGGCUGUAGUACAUCAUGGCGGUGCUGGGACAACAGCUGCUGGUAUUGCUGCAGGAAGGCCGACAGUCGUCGUCCCUUUCUUCGGUGAUCAGCCUUUCUGGGGUGCUAUGGUAGCUAGAGCUGGUGCAGGUCCUGACCCGAUCCCCUACAAAGAUUUGACAGCCGAAAAGCUGGCCCAAUCGAUCAACAACGCGCUGGAGCCUCAGUCCCUCGAGCGGGCGCAAGAGCUUUGCAACAAGAUCAAGCAAGAGAAUGGAAGCCAAAGUGGGGCGCAGUCCUUCCAUCAGAUGUUGAACUAUGACGACCUGCGAUGCGCGGUGGUGCCAAACCGGCCGGCAGUCUGGCGAGUGAAAAGAACACAGGUCAAGCUCAGUGCCAAGGCAGCGACGGUGCUUGCCCAGGAGGGCGAAAUCGACUUCAAAGAGUUGAAACUAGCCCGUGCCCGCGAGUACCAGACAGAUGAAGGUCCAUGGGAUCCUGUCUCCGGUGCAGCAAGUGCGCUCACCGGCACAGCGACAUCCAUCAUGAUGGGCGUUGCAGAUAUGCCCAUUCAGACAUUGAAGUUGCUCAAUAUUCAUCCUGAUGCUAGAGCGACAUCCAAGAAAGGUAAAGAGAGAGCACAGGGCUCUGAGGAUGCGUCAAAUCCCGGUGAAUCGAGUCGCGUUGGUCGCCCGACCACUUCACGUACUGCAACAGGUGCUGAUUCGAUGUUGAGCGGACGAAGUACACCGCCACCAACACAGUCUCCAGCAAAUGGAAACGAAAAGCCGGGCGUUCCGGGAUCUCCUUCGCACAGAUCUGCCUUUAUGUCAGAGGCAUUUUCUGCUUCUGCACAGGGUUCAAGAUCUCCAUCUCUUGAUCGUGGUCGGCUUCUGUCGCCGGAAUCCUGUGGACCUAGACGAAAGGACUCGACUUCUAGUUCAGGCGUGCCUCGCUCUGAUACUGGUUCAUCAUCAAACUUUGCGGACAACCUCAAGAACAUGCAGGUUGACUCUGCAGUUGACACUGGUAAAGGUCUUGCACGCAUUGUUGGCGCAGGCUUUAAGUCACCCAUGGACUUUUCGCUUAACGUUGCUAAAGGUUUCCAUAACGUUCCCAAGCUUUACGGGGGUGAGGUCAGGAAGGUUGAUAAUGUGACCGACUUCAAGAGUGGACUUACCACAGCCGCCAAGCAAUUUGGAUUUGGCCUCUACGAUGGCAUCACUGGCAUCGUUACUGACCCGUACAAGGGGGCCAAGAAGGAAGGCGGUGUUGGCUUUGUCAAAGGUGUGGGUCGCGGUAUUUUUAGCGUGCCGUUCCGUGUCAUGGGCGGCGCAUGGGCGGUCCCGGGCUACGCUAUGAAGGGCCUGUACCAGGAGAUGAUUAAGAGCAAGGGAAGUGGUGUCCAAAAUUACAUCAUUGCCGCACGUAUCUCGCAAGGCUACGAUGAGUCUGUCACAGUGUCUGCUCAGGAGAGAGCGGACAUUAUCAGCAAGUGGAAGAUCGUCAAGGUCCACAUGAAGAAGAAAAAGAAUGCGGGAGAUAAGAUGGACUCGCUGCACUCGCUAGUCGCCGACAAGAGAAAGAGAAAAGACGAUCGACGCAAUAGGGUGGAUGCAACCCUCGCCAGGCCGGAAACGCGUCCAUCGUUCUCACCCGCUCUUACCCAACCCAGUAAUUACAACGGAUCCGAUGAGCAGACCUCGCGCCCGAGUUCCAAUACCGUUCCUGCCUGGAAGAUCCAGGAACAAGAGCGGAUGUCACGAGCGACAACCGCGUCAUCGCAACAAUCUCAGCAAACAAUCACAGAAGUGGAAGCUCAGCUUGCCGCUGAAGAAGAGGCCGAGCGCCGCGAACUCGAAGCCGCCAUCGCGGCGUCUGUCGCCGAGAAUUCUCAUGGUAACGCAGAAGAUGCCCAGCUUAUGGCAAACGCUAUUCGCGCUUCUGUUGCAGAGCUGGAGCGGGCUCCUGCCAAUGCCAGUGUGCAGGAGGAGGAAGAGGCAGUCAAGCGGGCAAUACAAGCGAGCAUGGCAGAAGCUGGCCGCGGCAAUGUAACAGAAGAUGAACAAAAGUCGCUGGAAGAGACGUUGCGAAAGUCCCUUCUUGAUACUUCCCGUCACCGCAGGCAUGGAAGCGACUCCGAGUGGGAUAGCUCUGAUACUGAGGAUGAUGCCGACUUCCAGCGAAUCUUGGCUGAAAGCAAGGAGCUUGCUCACCUUCAGGAGACUCAUCCGCAGCACAUUCGGAAUCUUGCUUCAGAGCAAGAAAGUGGGACCGCGGAUGAUGCUGGCGGUGAUGCCGAAGCGAUCACCGAAAAUGAAGAACUUCGGAAGGUGCUCGAGGAGAGCGAGAGAGCGGAGAAGGAGCGACAGGCUAAUGCUAACAAAGAGAAGAGCGAAGACGAAAUUGUUAUGGAAUACAUCAAGAAGCAAAGCCUGCUGGAGGAAGAGCAUAGACAGAGACGAUUGCAGGGCAGGGACACCGUUGGCUCGAGUUCUAGAGCUGAGACCGGUGCGUCUGGUGCCUCAUAGAUGUCGAAGAGAGAGAUAUUUUCCUCUUGGCACACCAACUAUCACAGCAAUGAUACCCUAAUUAUACUCUAUAUCAGAGUCGUUCUUCACUGCGGGCUGACCGCUCUUUCUCAAUGCCCGUUCCGAAGG